UUUUGUUUUUUAGUGUUAGAAACCAAGUGGUAAUGGCUCCGAGGAACGAGAAAUGCUUAGAACCUGGAGACUCCUGUUAGUCCGCGGCGGGGUUUCUCCGCACACAGGCGGCGUCUGGGCAAAGCACCUGCUCAGCGUGCCGCGGGCGCCUGUGUGUGCGGGUGCGUGACCAGGCGGGGCUGCCUCUGUGCUGCCGCCUCUUUCCAAAGUGCCCAUGAAUGAUGCAAGUCCCUGCUCCUUGAUGUCCAGGCCCAGGGACUGCAAAGGGUGCCCGAGGCCCUGCCACAGGCUGCACGCUGCCCACGAGGAGGAGUGCAGCCCGGCGUGGUCUCUGCAGGUUGCCAUCAAAGUCAUAGACAAGAAGCGCGCCAGGAAGGACACGUACGUCACCAAAAACCUCCGGCGGGAGGGGCAGAUCCAGCAGAUGAUCCGCCACCCCAAUAUCACCCAGCUGCUGGACAUCCUGGAGACGGAGAACAGCUACUACCUGGUCAUGGAGCUGUGCCCCGGCGGCAACCUCAUGCACAAGAUCUACGAGAAGAAGCGGCUGGACGAGCCCGAGGCCCGCAGAUACAUCCGGCAGCUGGUCUCCGCGGUGGAGCACCUGCACCGGGCCGGGGUGGUGCACAGGGACUUGAAGAUAGAAAAUCUGCUGCUGGAUGAAGACAACAACAUCAAGCUGAUUGACUUUGGGCUGAGCAACUGCGCCGGGAUCCUGGGCCACUCGGACCCAUUCAGCACGCAGUGUGGCAGCCCCGCCUAUGCCGCGCCCGAGCUGCUGGCCAGGAAGAAGUACGGCCCCAAGAUUGACGUCUGGUCCAUAGGCGUGAACAUGUACGCCAUGCUGACCGGGACCCUGCCUUUCACCGUGGAGCCUUUCAGCCUGAGGGCUUUGUACCAGAAGAUGGUGGACAAGGAGAUGAACCCCCUCCCCACGCAGCUCUCCACAGGAGCCAUCAACUUCCUGCGCUCGCUGCUGGAGCCCGACCCUGCGAAGAGGCCCAACAUCCAGCAGGCCCUGGCGAACCGCUGGCUCAAUGAGAACUACGUGGGCCAGGUCCCGUGCAGCGUCGCCUACCCCAACCGGAUCUCGCUGGCCGACCUGAGCCCGAGCGUGGUGCUGCACAUGACGGAGAAGCUGGGCUACAAGAACAGCGACGUGAUCAGCACCGUGCUCGCCAACCGCGCCUGCCACAUCCUCGCCAUCUACUUCCUCCUGAACAAGAAGCUCGAGCGCUACUUGUCGGGGAAACCCGACACCCAGGACGGCCUCUGCCCGAAGACCCCGCUGUCCCAGGUGGGCAGGUGCAGGCCCAGCAAGGAGCCCUACGAGGCCUCCCUGGACACCUGGACACGGGACCUGGACUUCCCGGCCGUUCAGGACAAAAAGCCCAAAGAACAGGAAAAAAGAGGGGACUUCCUUCACCGGCCGCUUUCCAGGAAGCUGGACAAGCCCCUGCCCUCGCACAGACAGCCCCCAGCCUCACCGUCCACGCAGGUGCAGGGCACCAGGGUGCUGCUGAGGGACCGCAAGGCCACCAAGUCCGGCCUCCCCGACAAAGAUUCCUUCGGCUGCCGCAACAUGUUCCGCAAAACCUCAGACGCCCACUGCGUGGCUUCUUCCUCCAUGGAGUUCAUUGCUGUCCCGCCGCCCAGGACCCCCAGGGUGGUCAAGAAGGCGGAGCCCCCUCAGCAGGGCCCAGGGAGCAGCGGGGUUCUGCCCCGGGAGGACCCCCUGAUGCCGGACAUGGUCCGCUCCUUCGAGUCUGUGGACCGCGACGACCCGCUGGAGCUGCUGUCUCCAGCCCAUCACUGCGGGGCCCUGGGCUCCCCAGGGGGCUCGGCACACGGGAACCUCGGGGAGCGGGUGCUGUCCCCAGCCCUGCCGCCUGGAAGCCCAUCUCCUCUCCAGACUUCUCUGCACCCCACUCUGGUCUCCUUUGCUCACGAAGACAGGAGCUGCCCCCUGAAAGAGGGUGGCGUGUGCGCCCCACCUCUGGGCCCCGGGGCCGGUGUGGCGCGGCCCCUGGGGAGCCCGAACUGCGUGAAAAGCCGCGGCAGGUUCCCCAUGAUGGGCAUCGGGCAGAUGUUGAGAAAGCGGCACCAGAGCCUGCAGCCCCCCGCAGACAGGCCCCUGGAGGCCAGCGUGCCCGUGCUGCUGCCCGCGGCGCCCAGCGGCCUCCCCUUCGAUGCGGCUGACGGUGUCCAGGGCCAGUGUUGACCGGGGCCGGCGGUGGCCUGAGGACAGCAGUGGAGCCAACGCCUCACCUGCAGCGGCCUUCAGACCGCGGGGCCCCAGCUGGGCAGUGUCCCACCUGGGGGCAGCUAAAAUCCCCAGGGGCCGGGGCUGUGGUGGCAGCUGGUGACAGCCAUUUCCUCCCGCUCCCUCAGUGGCACUCGCGGUGGGCGUCGUGCACUGGCCCGGGGCCCCUGGGACUAUGAACUAUUACCCGCCUUCACUGUGAGCCCUGCCUGGGCCUCCCCAGGUCAUUGCCUGUUUAGCCAUUGGCCUCGCUGGCAGGACGCUGACGGCAGUGUCCUGCAGCAGCUUAUCCGGGCCACAGUGUCCGUCCUUCUGCAGAGGUGACUGCCUCACAGGGAGCUGGGCAGGCCCCUCACCACUGGAGCCGGCUCCUCUGAGCAGGAGGGGACAGCUGGGUGAAGACUGGUCCAGACCGAGGGGACCCACCGAGAGAAGGAGACCAAAGGGGCGUGCACGCAUUUCUGAACGAGGUUUUGACAGAUUCUUCCCUUUUUGGUAGAAACUUGCUGAUGGGUCAAUGGUCUUCCCCAAAGAUGAUUUUUCUCUGUGUGGCAUCAUGAGGUUGACGUGACAUUGUUUUAGAGACGGCGGGGGGGGGGGGGUGAUCCACCAACCUCGUGCUUCCACAAGGGGGUUGGUGUGGGGGCGCAGAGGGUGACACAGGACUGUCUGUCGUGGCUGGUGGCCCGCGGCAACCUGCAGGAUGGCACGGGCCUGACAGCCAGUCCCGAGUGCACGCCACUGUAGCAACAUAGCCCUGACCCCAGCGAGGUCUGACUGAGUCUUGCUGGCACUGCCAGGGACUGUCUCCUCGUGGGGCCUCGGCCUGGCACUUGGGGACCACUGGGCCACAAGCAGCAUGGGAAGAAGGACUGGCACAGGUCAGAGAGCAACUGAUCCAGCAAACAGAUCACGGCAGCCUGGAGUCCUCAGGCAGGAGGGACGGAAGCCACUGUGGUGGCCACGCCAGGGCGAGACACUGAAGCCGGCAGCGGCCCUUGAGAACUGGAAAGCCCGUGCCCAUCUGCACUGGUGGCCCGACAGUGCCAGUGAGCGGGGGCGGCUCGUGUCUGCUCACCUGCCUGCGGGGACCUCCUCUGCCCCCACGUCCCUGACGGAGCGAGGGGAGGGCAGACGUCUGCUGACCCCAGGAGAGGUGGGGCUGCCCAGUCCUGGCUGACCUGGACGGACCUGCAGAGGCUGCUCUCCGGUGGAUGGGCUCACCCCCCCUCGGGCUUGCCAGGGGGCAUCCGGCUCCUGACUGUGCCGUGAUUUCUUUGUAUAGCUCCAGCCUGGGUUCUGGAACACUCCCUCCAAAGUAGAGCUUUCGAAGCGGAGAGAAGCAAGUGGAGAAGACCCUGUGCUCUGGACGGGAGCCUGGUUUUCGAUCGGGGCAGAAACCUGUCCCGGAGGCGGUUCCCGGCAGGCUGCGCACCUGUGCCUUGGCAGCCCCGCCCGGCCGGCCCUCCUGGUGUCCCCCUUCCCGUGCGGAUGUGAGCACUCAUGUCGCUGUCCCCCGCCCCUCUCACGCUUCAAGAACGGCUGUCA